ACAGAUUCUUAAUGAGCACUCCCCAAGUGCCAGGCCCUGGGGAUACAGAUUAGAGGCCUUGUUUCAUGAGAGAAAGUGGGUAAGAGGCAAGUAGGUUAACUGGUCUUAUGUCAAAUGACAGAAUGCUACGAAGAAAUUUAAACCAAGAGUGAGGAUAAGGAAUUCUGGUGACAGGGGAGGCAGCACUUUCAAAUAGUAUCAUGGAGGACCUCCCUGGGAACAUGUCGUUCAGCAAAUGCUCGAAGAGUGCUCAUCUCUAGUACCUGUUGCAUCCCACCAUAUACCCUGGAAUGGCAAUGGCACUCCCAAUGCUUGGACCUCAGGAGAUCAUCGCAUUUGAGGAUGUGGCUGUGUACUUCACGAGGAUAGAGUGGAGUUGCCUGACCCCUGAUCAGCGGGCACUCUACAGAGACGUUAUGUUGGACAACUACAGGAACCUGGCCUCGCUGGGCUUUCUUGUCGCUAAACCAGCACUGAUCUCUCUCUUGGAGCAAGGAGAGGAGCCAGGGGCCUUAAUUCUGCAGGCGGCUGAAAAGAGAGGAACCAAGGCCAGCCUGUGGACAGAUUCUGGGAUGGAGUAUGGCAUGGCAGAGAAUUCCAUGAGGAGGGCCAUCUCUAAGCAAGCUGGACUGUCGGGCAGGGCUUGGGGCUGCCUCUCCCAGAGGGCCCCCAAGCUACCCAGCCCGGAUGGCAGUCCUGAGGACAGGUCAGAUAAGCGACGCCUCCUGCCCAGAGCUCAGGCAGGGGAGCUAAGCACCUCACCCGCGUCUCUGCAAGAAGAGUGGGGUCACCCGCCUGCCGGGAGCUCAGCCGCCAGUGCACAGAGGGGCUACAGGUGCGAGUGUGGCAAGGUGUUUAGGUAUCAGUCGCUGCUGCUACGACACCGCGUGAUUCACACGGGGGCCAAGCCCUUCCAGUGCACCGAGUGCGGCAAGGCUUUCACACAGAGCUCCAUCCUGCUGCGGCACCAGCUGAUCCACACUGAGGAGAAGCCCUUUCAGUGCAGUGAGUGCGGCAAGGCCUUCCGGCAGAGUGCACAGCUGGCGUCCCACAGCCGGGUACACACCCAGGAGCGGCCCUACGCCUGCAGCGAGUGCGGCAAGGCCUUCAGCCGCAGCUCGCGGCUCCUGCAGCACCAAAAGUUCCACACCGGGGAGAAGGCCUACGAGUGCGGUGAGUGCGGCAAGGCCUUCUGCCGCCGCUUCACCCUCAACGAGCACCGGCGAAUCCACAGUGGGGAGCGUCCCUACAGCUGCCGUCGCUGUGGCCAGUGUUUCAUCCGGGGGGCCUCGCUCCUGAAGCAUCGUAGGCUGCAUGCCGAGGAGAGCCUGCAGGACGGCCGCGGGGUGAGCCCCUUGCCCGUGGCGGCACCUAAGGCCCACACCGGGGACAAGACCCACGAAUGCACUGUGUGCCAGAGGCCAUUCAGGCACAACUCCCUGCUCCUGCUGCACCAGCGGCUCCACACCGGCGAGAAGCCGUUUGCCUGCUUGGAAUGCGGCAAGGCUUUUAGCCGCAAAUCAAACCUCACUCUGCACCAGAAGACCCACACUAAAGAGAAGCCCUUCAUGUGCACGGAGUGUGGCAAGGCUUUCCGCAGGAGCUACACACUGAAUGAGCACUACCGGCUCCACAGUGGCGAGCGGCCAUACAGGUGCCGAGCGUGCGGGAGGGCCUGCAGCCAGCUGUCUACCCUAAUCCAGCACCAGAAGGUCCACCGCCGAGAGCACCUGGAGGGAGGAGAGGGGAGGAAGGGCAGGCGGGUGCCCUGCUGGACUGCCCGUAGGCAGUGACAAACAGGCAGAGGAUCCACUUACCCCCAGGGACCCCAAAAGAGAAAGCUGUUCUAAGCAUGCAGCAAAGCAAGGGGCCAGGGAUGGCCUAUGCCAAACGGAGCAUAAAGAGCAAGAUGAAGAUGGGCAGGACAGGGAGGGCGAGCCUGGGGUGAGUCACGCCGGCCUCAGCCCAAGAGUGGUGAGGCUGUGUGCCUGGCUACCAGGACAGCAGUUCUCUGAGCCCUGGUGGGUCUGUCCCUGAUACACACCAGGCUCUAACAAGCUGUGUUUUUCUUUUUGCACAUGUUUAUUUUCUAAAUAUUGACUUGUGAUCAGACAAAAAAAGGGUUUUGUUGGCUUAGCUAUAUACUUAUUAUUAAGAUUGGCCAGGAAUACCAGAGUCUGCUUGAAGGGGCAGGGACACAGAGACACCUGGAAGUCACAGGUGGACUGAGGGUGCAGAUGUACCAGUGGCAGAGGCCAGGGCCUCAGGUGGGGCUGUGUGUGACUAUAGGGACCUGCCUUCUCUGGGUCUGUCUGCAGAAGGAGAUCUUCUGUGAGGUCUUGCUGGUAAGUGAGGAAGUUUUUUUCUUUUGAGA